AUGCUUUUUUCUUUUCUUCUUUCUGUCUGGGGACUUUCUUUCUUUCUUUCUUUGUCUCAACCACUUAUUUUAUUUAACGGUUUCGUCCUUUCUUUUUUUCUUUUCUUUCUUUUCUUUCUUUCUUUCUUUCUUUCUUUCUUUCUUUCUUUCUUUCUUUCUUUCUUUUUUUGUUUCUUUCUUUCUUUUCAUUUUAUUUCCUCUUCAACUCUUUGUCUCUAUCUCUUAUUUUUGUUUCUUUCUUUUUGUGAUACAAAGGUAAUUUAUCUACUUCAUUCUUUUUUCUUUUCUUGGCCACGGAAUUAUCUAUCUAUCUAUCUAUCUAUCUAUCUAUCUAUCUAUCUAUCUAUCUAUCUAUCUCAGUCUGUUCAUUCUCUGUCUAGCUGUCUAUCUCUCUCAGCCUGUCCAUGUCUAUCUAUCUCUCUAUCUCUCUAUCUAUUUGUCUGUUUGUCUGUCUGUCUAAGCCUGUUCAUAUCUAUCUAUCUAUCUAUCUAUCUAUCUAUCUAUCUAUCUAUCUAUCUAUCUAUCUAUCUAUCCGUUUCUUCUUCUAUGGUUUCAUCUUUUCUUUCCUUUUACAACUUCUUUUUUUUUCGUUUAAGUCUUCGACUCUUUCUGUCAUGUAUCCCUUCAUCAUUAUCUUUUUUCUCCAUCUUUUUCUUUCUUUUAUAG